AUGGAGAUUCUAGGAAGUAGGAACUGGGUUCGUUGGUUAGGAGUAGGAAUGGUUUGUGGGGUUUUGGGUAUGGAAAGUUUUGCUUCUGCACUGAAAGACGAAGAUCAUAAGGAUUCAAGUCCUUACUCCAAAAGCUUUGAGUUGUUUGUUAGGCGUGUACUUUACUUUCGCAACUCACCACGUAUUCAAAAGUUCAAACUGGAUUGCAAGAGUUUGCCUGAUGUUGAGAUUGAUAGUUGGGUUCGCACUGCCAUCAUGCAUAAUCUUGUUGAACUCGAUCUUUGUGUAACAAAUCUAUCAGGUGUCGACGAGAAUUAUGAGUUGCCUAAAAGCCUUUUCAAGUGCAAAACACUUGUUGUUUUGAAGUUAAGGUCUCAUAUUAUCAUCAAUACUCCUGAUGAUUCAUGGUGUUUGCCGCGUCUCAAAGUUCUAUUUAUAGAAACUGAUCCUGUUAAUAACCUGAUGGAAAAGCUUCUGGAUGGCUGCCCUGCACUUGAAGUGUUGGCUGUAACUGGACAUGUGCGGGUAGAAGAUUUAGAUUUCAACAUCUCUGCGCUUGAACUUAAGAAGUUAACAAUCCAUCUUGUCACAAGAUAUAGGUUGGAUGAGUAUGUUGGUCUCCUUAAUCUUAAUGUUUCUGUUAGAGCUCCAAAGCUCGAAUACUUUCAUCUCCAGCAGAGUGUGUUGUCAAGCUUUGUUUUGGAGAAUUCAAAGUCUUUAGUCAAAGCCACUAUUGAUCUCACACACCACGGAGCAGCUAAACAUCCUACAUUUGCUAGCCGUGCGACCGCGCUUUUGGCACAGAUUUGUCAUGUCAAGUCUUUGUCCCUUUCAUCACAUAAUUUGGAUGGACACAAUUGUCGUGGACCAGUAUAUUUUGUUAAACACGUAAAGCCACUUUGGCAUCCUCCCGAGUUGGUCCCGAAUUGUCUAUUGUCACACGUCAAGACUAUCUGUAUCAUAGGAUUCGGGGGAAAGGACGAUGAGUUUAAAAUUGCAAAAUAUCUGUUGAAGAAUGGUGAAGUUUUGAAUAGCAUGAAAAUUUAUACAGAUGGUGAUUUGUGUGCAAAGAAGUUGGAGAAACUUUCAAUGUUUGAAAGGGGUUCCAAGACAUGUAAAGUUGAUAUAUGGCAACGAUUCCGGAAUAAAAAAAACUGA